AUGGCUGUGCUUCGAGGCCCGUCUCCCUCAAAAUCUCGAGGCUCAGGCUCAGGCUCAGGCUCAGUCCUGUCGGUCCCUGCUCACUCCCCUCCCCCGCGGUUAAGCCUCGAUCUCGGUCCGCCGAUAUUCGAGGAGCACAGGUCGAACUCGCCCUUCCGAUCCGCCUCCCCUUUCAAAGUCGGCGCCGAGCGAACAGGCUCCCCGGCUCCCAGCUUCCACUCGGCUCGGUCGACGUUCUCAACUAGGUCUGGUUCAGUCAUGGACCGACCGCGCCCCAUUCCCUCCAUCACCAUCCCAGAAGCGACCGCAGAAUCACCAUUAUUUUCGGCCUACCCCAUCCUCACGCCAGAGCCGAAAAGUCCACCGAUUGCCCCGCCACAGCCCCAGAAGGACGCAGACACGCCCGAAGCUGAAGACGCCCCUUCGAGCUCAUCUGAGCACUCUUCUGCGACUUGGCCGAGACGUCGCAAUCUCCCAUCGAACUCUGCCCCCCAAUGCUGCGACGAAAACAAGCUCGACGCCUCUCAGGGUGCCAGCAGCAGUGGAUCGGGAUCCAGCUCUGCGCUCACUAACCUGGGCCAAUCUUCGCGGACAGACUCUACACUAAGUCUGACGCGCCGGAGAUCUACCAGCGUCGUUGGCCUCAUCAAACGUGCUCAAGAGGCGGCUUUCGGUAUCCAGUCCCCACCCAAGCCUGGUCACCUGCGGAGGGCGUCGUUGAACUCUGGCGAUUUUGCAGACUCGUCUUGUAUCCGUCCGGUCGAGUCGGUUGGUCAGCUGGACACAAUACCCUACGGGUACGGUCGAGACGCGGCGGCCGACUAUACACGCCAACCGCCCAUCUCGUCAUCCAUCGAUCAGCCGCACGCGCUCGGACUGUUGACCGGUCUCAGUGACGACAAGCCACUCUUGGACCUCGAGGGUCUGACGAUCACUCCCCGCAAAGAGACCCAGGAAGAGGUGCUCUUUGACCGGGAAGCGGCCCAAGCGGAUGGCGCCUCGUUUGUCUCGGAACCCUCGACACAGACCUCCCCAUCGGUCAUGACCAAGUCGCUUCCUUCCACCAAGACGUCGCUUUCUCGCAGCGCUCGCAGUGGCAAGGAGGGACAUGAGGAGCCGCCCCAGGCCGACCUAUCGAUGACGGCUCGAGUCCUGCUGGAUAAGCGACGCAUGAUCCUUCUCGAGAUUGCUGAGACUGAAGUCACCUACGUGCAAGACCUGAGGAGCCUGGUACAGAUCUAUCUCCCUCAGCUUGCGGCUCUUCCUCACGUCUCUGAAGGCUCGCUCCAGUUGAUCGCGCGCAACACGAACGACCUGCUUGACUUCCACGUCCAGCUUGCCGCUCACAUGGUUGACAUUCUCAAGUUCCAAGGAAUGGGCUAUGACUAUGCCGACCCCCAGACUGUCGAGAAGGUCACAAAAGAGUUUGCCGAACUCUUUGUCCGCGAAGAGACCAGCUUCACGCUGUACAACGACUUCUGCGCUGGCUCAACAGCUGCCGGCGCGUACGUGCGCACGAUCGCGAGCCGGUCAGACUAUGAGGCGUUCGAGAAGCGGUGCCAGUAUGUUGCGUCAAACACGCCGCACGCAACAUUGCGAGACAUUCUCGCCGGCGCCCCUGCGCAGCCAACCCGGACUCGCUUACGCUUCAAGGACAUUCUGAUCACACCCAUCCAACGCGUGUGCCGAUACCCUCUCCUGCUGGCAUCGCUUUCGGCUGAUGUCAGCCGCGAGCUUCCCCAGAGCGAGGUUGUCGCCGAGGUGGAAAAGGCGCAAAACGUCAUGCGCGCUGUCGCGGAAAACGCCGACGAGGCACGCAAGCGCAAGGAGGUCGAGCUCAAGUCUAACCUCAUUGCUGAGCGAAUGGAGAACAAUGCCGCCUUGACUGCGGACUUUGUUCGGCGCUUGGGGCACUGCCGCUUCGUCGGCACCCUGGAGACCCUUUAUCAUCAUCCGACGAUCGCACCGCUCGACUCGUCGGCUCGCGUGCGCUACCUGGCGGCCUUCCUUUACCGUGGCUAUUUGAUCCUGAGCAAGGUCAGGCGUGGAAAGGUCUUCGACCCUUACCAUUACAUCCCUCUCGAGGUCUUUGAGAUUGUCGACUUGACCGAAGGUGAGUUUUGUGUCACCGGCCGGAUCGGACGGAUCGGCUGGAAAGGUGACGUCAUGCGAUCAUGGGAGUCCGGGCAGAAUAAUGCUAACAUUCGUUUAGCUCAAGGAUUCCUCAGCCACUCGAUUCGUCUGAAGUUGCGCGAUCACAAUUUGGACAUUGGAUGCGCGUGCGAUGCGGAGAAGGAGCUGUGGAUUAGCGAGCUCGCCUCGGCAAGGGACGACAGCACUAUGCCGCCGUUUGAGAUGCCCUCGAGCAUUUCGCUCGCGGUCCCUCGCACGCGGCACAUGUCGAUGGCCAAGGGUGACGGCGAGCGUCCACCUGCGCCUAAGCGUUACUCGUUCCUCGGGGACGGUGAGACGCCCUUUGUCAUGCCCCGCACACCCAGCAAGCGUCACACGUUGCUGGGCGACGAGUUCAACAUGAAGGGCUCCAUGGAGCCUGUGCCUCCUAUUCCCCGAUCGACUUCGCUGCUCAUGACUGCCGCGAGCCGCACAAGCCGCAAGCGGUACUCGGUGUACACGGGCGCGCCGGCCGAUGAGGUGAUGCAGACCGAGUCGCCGACGUCCCUCUCGCCGUCUCAGAGCUUUAAUCGAGGGCCCCUCGUCUCGCCAAUCCACUAUCAGCUUAUCGGUUAG